AUGGGUAAGCCAAGCGGAAAAAAUUUGGUUGCUGAAACAAAUGGGAAAGGCGAGCACAGAGACGAUAGAAGAAAACCCAGUAUUAAAAAACAAGGGGACAUUGUAAUGAGGGAUGCUUCGCUUUCAGGAUCCGAAAGUGAUAUUCCGUUAGCAAGAAGGAUGACCGUAACUAACGGAAAGAAAAAGAGUACCGUUAAUGGACAAAGCUCUGACUCGAAGCAAAUAAAUAUGAAGGUUGAAGAAGAAUCCUCGGAGUCUGACUCCCAAGUGAAGCCGAUUAGACGCAGACCAAAACGUAUAGUGGUUUCGGAGGAAUCAGAGGAUGACGUACCUCUUGCUCAGGUGACUAAAUCUACGGGAUCUAGCAGCAAGUUAAACAAAAACAAAUCAAGUGCCCCUGUUAAAGAAGAAAAGACGGAUAAUAAUCUUGCGAAGAGGAAACGAAUGGAUUCGGAAUCUGAAGGGGAUGAUAGAAAUAUUGUAUCGAAAAAUGAUCCUAAAAAAUCAAAUAAAAAGGUUACACCCAAAAAGGGGCCGGAUGCUGUUGUCAAAAAGGAGCAUGUUGAAACGACGUCCAGAGAAGCUUCGGCUAUUAAGAGGAUGGGUAAAACAAACGGAAAGAAGACGGUUGUCGUUAAACAUGAACCCCAAGAUUCCGAUAGCGACGUUCCACUGGCCAAACGAAUGGCUAAUAAGGUCGCGGCGAUCAAACCCUCCCCUUCCAAGGAAAAGGUUGCCACCACCAAAUCAACUGCAAAAGCGGAGUCAGUAAAACAAGAAGCCAAAACUUCAAUGAAGAAUAAUAAGACUCAGGUUAAGCGUAAGCGCAAUGAUUCUGAUUCUGAAUUUGAUGAUAAGAAACAAGUUGCCAAAGCAAAAUCUUCCAAGAGUGUGGCAAAAAAAUCAGAACCAGAACGAAAGAAGAAAAAGGAGGCAGAAUCUUCGGACAACAAAAUGUCUGAAAAAAAGCGAGGCAAGCAAAAGGCGAAAUCGGAUGUUGAGGAAGAACGGGAUGACGAGGAAGAGGACGAUGAGUUUAAGUGGUGGUCUCAACAGAAUGCUGAAGAUGAUGGUAGCGUGAAAUGGACAUCAUUGGAACACAAUGGGGUCUACUUCCCUCCACCUUACGUUCCACACAACGUCAAGAUGAAGUAUGAUGGUAAAGAGAUUACUUUGUCACCGGAAGCCGAGGAGGUGGCCAGCUUCUAUGCCGCUAUGAUCAACACAGAUUACGGAAAGAAUCCAACAUUUAUCAAAAAUUUCUUCAAGGACUGGAAAGAAGUAUUAGCAAAGUCACCGAUGAAUCCAAAAAUCGAUGACUUUAGCAAAUGCGACUUUGGGCCUAUUAAUGAGCAUUUUGAACGUGAGAAGGAACUUAAAAAGAGUAUGACAAAGGAGGAGAAAGCACGGUUGAAAGAGGAAAAAUUAAGAUUAGAAGAGAAAUAUGGAUACU